AAACGAGGAAGAAGCUGAAGCGUGUAAGGGAAAGAGUUGAUAGCAGAGAAAGAAAUGGAGGCCUAUAACAACGUCGACGGUUCUUUGCCACCUUCAUACGACGUCGCUUGGGGCCAAGAUCCCAGGUUCUGCAAGCACGUUCACGACAACCUCCAUGGAAACAUUUAUAUCGAUCCCCUUAGUUUGAAGUUCAUCGACACUGAGCAGUUUCAGAGGCUUCGCGAGUUGAAACAACUAGGUUUUACGCAUAUGGUUUAUCCAGGUGCUGUGCACUCCAGAUUUGAGCAUUCUCUUGGUGUGUAUUGGAUUGCCAGUCAAUGUGUGGAAAAGCUUAGAAGUUACCAAGGCAUGGAGCUUGGUAUUGACAGAUUUGAUAUUCAAACAGUGAAACUUGCAGGACUUCUACAUGAUGUGGGACAUGGCCCCUUCAGUCACUUGUUUGAACGCGAGUUUCUUCCCCAAGUUGUCAGCGGUUCUCAUUGGUCACAUGAACAAAUGUCGGUCAAUAUGGUUGAUUAUAUAGUUGAUGAACACAAUAUUGAUGUUGAUCCCCAAAUGAUAAAAAGAGUCAAGGAGAUGAUAUUGGCAAGCUCUGAAUCUUCUCCUCCAAGGAGCUCAAAUGAGAAAAGUUUCUUGUACGACAUUGUUGCAAAUGGCCGAAAUGGAAUUGAUGUUGACAAAUUUGAUUAUAUUUCCCGUGACUGUAGAGCUUGUGGUCUGGGAUGCAACUUUGAUUUUCAAAGGCUAUUGGAGACAAUGCGGGUUUUGGAUGAUGAGAUUUGUUACCGUGCUAAGGAGUACCUUACCAUCCACAAAAUGUUUGCCACUCGUGCUGAUCUAUAUAGAACAGUUUACACACAUCCAAAAGUGAAGGCAAUAGAGCUUAUGGUGGUGGAUGCACUUGUUCAUGCCAAUAACUAUUUGGAGAUUUCAUCUCAAAUAAAUAAUCCUAUUCAGUACUGGAAGCUGGAUGACACAAUAAUUAAAACUAUUGAGACAUCUCCAAUUGAAGAACUAAAGGAGGCAAGGGAGUUGAUCCUGCGGAUUCGAAGGAGGAAUCUGUACCAGUUUUGUAAUGAGUAUCCUGUACCAAAGGAUAUGUUAGACAAUUUUAAGAAAGUCACUGUUCAAGAUAUUAUUUGUUCUCAGAAGAGUGGUGGAGUUACAUUGAAAGAGGAGGAUGUGGCUGUUUGUAAUGUCAAAAUUGAUUUGACUCGUGGAAAGCACAAUCCUCUGGAAAGCAUCCACUUUUUCAAGGACUAUGAAAGUCAAGAGAAAUUUACAAUAUCUGAUGAUCGUGUAAGCCACUUGCUACCUACAUCCUACCAAGACAUGAUAGUUAAGGUGUACUCCAAAAAGCCAGAACUGGUGGAGGCAAUUUCAGAGGCUUUUGAAAAUUUCCAGUUGAAGACAUAUGGGAUCAAGACGCAGGUACAUCCAACACCAGAUAAGAAGAAGCGUCGUUACAAUCCGCUUGUAUGAGGGCAAAUAUAUCAUUACUAUGAUACCAUAUUUUGGCCUUUUUUUUCUGUCUCACCUUUUUUAGGUAUACGGUAUAACUAUAUUUUCCACAAUUGAAAUAUAGUUUUAAGUCAAAAGAAAUCAAUACUACACUCUCUGAAGGAAGGUUGUAUUUGAGUACCAUGUCAAAGAGUCAAUUACAUGUAUAGUAAUGGUUAAGUGUAACAGCUUCAUUUAGCUGUAAUUGGCAGUGAGAGCAAUCUUUUAUGGUCACUGCUAGUUGGCAAUUUCAACUUGCAAAUGUUUCCAAAUCUCAUGUUCACUUUUCAUGGAUGAGACUGCAUUUUAGUUUA